UUUAAGUUUGCGUUUAGUAGGCAAAUGUCGCACCUGCUCUGUCUGUAAUUGGUCGAAAGCUCAGUCAGAUUCCACCGCAGAAUUAUCGGAUUGAAAAUCAGGGAGGGGAGCUGAAAAAACUCAACGCAACCAACUCACAGCGAUGCAGUGCUUAAGUUUCUAAACAUCACAACGGAUUUCCCGGCACUUUCCGACACCAAGUUUGCCACUCAAACAAUCAAAGGACUUUAAACACCAAGUUUUUUAGGGGGUUUUUCAGAAUCAUCAUGCCACGAUCGUUUUUGGUGAAAAGUAAAAAGUCGCACAAUGUGCACCGACCCAUCGACACCGAGCAAACUGAACAGAAACUCCCGGACCCAACACCCAAAACAAUCCCAGCGCUGGUCCCUUUGGAACCAAAGGAAUGUGAUUCCCCAGAGCGGCCCCAGGUAGAUUCGGUCACUCGGCCGUCCCACAGAGACCCGUAUGACUUCAUCAAGUGUGAGCGAGAGCCCGACUGCCCAAUACCAUCUCUACCUGAGCUGCCUGUUACAACCAGACGACCGUUUUACAUAUCGGAGCCUCAGCUGGCAGAGUUCCCUCCCUACUACAAGAGCUCUUAUACCUGGGAUCAUGUUCCUGCAACAUAUGACUUCAGGCAGAUGGGCUUCUCUCCAUCACUCCUGCAGCACGCCAGCAGCCUGUACGGAGCUCAUCUGAAGCAGAGCUCUGAGCCGUCACAACCGCUGGAUUGCAGCACACACUACUCACCCACGUCUAACACCUACCACUGCAUUACCUGUGAUAAGGUGUUUUCCACCCCUCAUGGGCUGGAGGUUCACGUCAGGCGCUCUCACAGUGGCACACGUCCCUUUGGAUGCAGCAUCUGCAGAAAGAGCUUUGGCCACGCUGUUAGCUUAGAGCAACACAUGAACGUCCACUCUCAGGAACGAAGUUUUGAGUGCAAGAUGUGCGGAAAGACCUUCAAACGCUCCUCAACGUUAUCCACUCACCUGCUGAUCCACUCGGACACACGGCCGUACCCCUGCCAGUACUGUGGGAAAAGAUUCCAUCAGAAAUCCGAUAUGAAGAAACACACCUACAUCCAUACAGGUGAAAAACCUCACAAAUGCCAGGUGUGUGGCAAGGCCUUCAGCCAGAGCUCCAACCUCAUCACACACAGCCGCAAACACACCGGAUUCAAGCCGUUCGGCUGCGAGAUCUGUUCCAAAGGCUUCCAGAGGAAGGUAGAUCUUCGCAGACACCACGAGAGCCAGCACAGCCUUAAAUAACGGAGGUUGGCAUCAGACAGCGUGGAGGAAAUGAAGACUGGAAAUGAAGACUGGAAAAGAGACUGUUGCUUCAGAGGAAUGUGUUUCUCUAAGUAGACUUGUGUUUAACCAGAAAUAAUAUUCUAUCAUCAUUUACUCACCCUCACGUUGUUCCAAACAAUUUUGUUAUUGUUAAAUUAAAACUAAGCGUAUUAUUAAAAAUAAUGUUUGGUAAUUGAAACAAAUCUGGAAUCAAAUAAUUAAAUAUUAGAUGAAAAGCUUUUAAAAAAAUACAGAGAAAUACAUAAAUUAAGUCAUUUGAAGUACUAAAAUUAAAUUAAAUUAAAGCUAUGCAGAAUCAGUCAAAAGUUUUUGAACAGUAAGAUUUUUCUUCUGCUCACCAAGCCUGCACUUAUUUGAUCCAAAGUACAGCAAAAACACAAUUUUGAAAUAUUUUUACUAUUUAAAAUAACUGUUCUCUAUUUAAAUAUAUUUUAAAAUGUUGUGAUUUUAAAACUGAAUUUUUAGCAUCAUUACUCCAGUCACAAGAUCCUUCAGAAAUAAUUUUAAUAUUCUAAUUUGCUGUUCAAAAAAACAUUUAUUAUUAUUAUUAUUAUUAUUAUUAUUAUUAUUAUUAUUAUGUUGAAAACAGAAUUUUUUCAGGUUUCUUUGAUGAAGAGACAAUUCGGAAGAACAGUAUUUAAAGCAUAGAAAUCUUUAGUAAAAUUAUAAAUGUCUUCAUCAUCAUUUUUGAUCAAUUUAAAGAAUCCUUGCUAAAUAGAAGUAAAUAAAAUCAUUUUUUUCCAAAAAAAAAACAAAAAACAUCAUACUGGCUCCAAGCUUUUGAAUAGUAUAGUGUAUAAUGUUACAAAAGUUGCUUUUUAUUUCAGAUAAAUGCUGAUCUUUGGAUCUUUCCAUUCAUCAAAUCCUGAAAAAAAAAAAUUAUAAUAAUAUUUCUUGAACAAGAAAUCAGCAUAUUAGAAUGAUUUCCGAAGGAUGGUGCAUCAAAAACUGGAAUAAUGAUGCUGAAUUUUUUUUUUGACUUGAUCGCAGGAAUAAAUUACAUUUUAAAAUUUAUUCAAAUAGUUAUUUGUUAUUUUAAAUAGUAAAAAUAUUUCCGAAUUUUACUGUUUUUGCUGUACUUUGGAUCAAAUAAAUGCAAACUUGGUGAGCAAAAGAGACUUCUUUAAAAACAUAAAUCUUACUGUUCAAAAGUAAAAUAUUUCUAGAAAUAUAUAUAUAUAUAUAUAUAUAUAUAUAUAUA